AUGGGGUUCACGACCAUCAGUCGUCGUUCGCUUUUUGUGCAAAUGACCCCCUCUUUGCGAUUUCCAUGGCAUAACGCGCAACGCCGCCGCGGGCAAAACGCGCAUAAAACCCACAUCCUCGGCUCGACGGUUUCGCUUGAUGGGCCGCCGAGCGCCACCACGCGUAGUGCGAGUGUGCCCUUGCCUCCGCUGCGCUGCCCGGGCGGGCCGCGGCUCAAAUCGGACGCGCUUAAACAACUUUUUAAGGUUCCCCACGCGGGCUACCUCGCGAAGUAUGACCAACGCUUCAUCAUUAAUCUAAAACUAACGCAUCAGAUCAUUACAACGCUGGCUCAAACCUCCUUCCGCACGCCCGACAAGUUGUUGAUCGAGCUUGGACCUGGGGCGGGUUCGCUCACGCGCAGCCUACUCACGCGGCCCUGUCUGGGGGUUUUUGGGAUCGAGAUGGACGAGCGCUUCAACCCGCAUCUGGAGCAAAUCAGGAUCCUCACGAAGGACAAGUUCCGCUGGAUGAACGCCGAUAUUCUAAAACUCAACGAGCUGGACGCCCUACGGCACCAUUUCCCGGAGUUUUGCCGGCAGAACCUUCGAAAAAAACCCGACGGCGCGGACGACAAGACGGGCGGGCCCCGGCGGGCGGAGGAGGCGGGGGACGAGGCCGCCUUCGCGCCGCUGCGGAGCCGCGCGCGGGAGGCCGCGCUGCGAGGCCGCCGCGCGCGAUGGGGCUUCGAGCAAACCCCCCACGGCCCCCCGCGGGGGCAUCGGGAGCCGAUUUCGCCCAACCCCGCUCUGGAUAUCACCGAGGCGUGGUGGGCGAACGGGGAGGCCAAGCUCGAGGUGCUGGCGAACCUCCCGUUUAACCUUAUUGGGGAGGUGUUGCUGCGCUACGCCGUGGACUGCUCGCGCCGGGCCGGGCUCUUCGCCUUCGGCCGCGUCCCUUUGCACGUGUUCGCGCAAAACGAGAUCGCCCAGCGGCUCACCGCGCGGCCGGGCUCCCUGGACUUCUCGCGGCUUUCGGUGCUCUGCCAGGCCUACUUUCACGUCCGCACGGUGCGGGUCUUUCAGGAGUGGACGUACUACCCCCGGACGGCGGUGCUCGGGGCGCUGCUCAGCCUGGAGCCCCGCGCCCAGGCCUUGGAUGGCGGGGAGGGCCUCGACGGGGCGGCGCUUUGGCACUUCGUGAAUCUUCUCAUGGGGCCUGGCAAACGCGGCUGGGGGAUCUACAAGGCCCUCCGCGGGUUCCUGCCGGACGAGGUCGUCCAGCAUCUCCUGCAGGAGUCCCGCAUGGACGGGGCCACGACGGUCCUCCACCUGACCGUCGAGGAGUUGGUGAAGAUGGCGGGGAUGUGGAGACGCUUCCUGAUUGCCUCCCAGCAGCAUACCGCUUCCACAGGCUAA